AUGACACACGAUCCAAUCACCUUACCACGUCUACCACCACCCGUUACCGAAACUCUCCCUUCCAUCUUUCAUCCUUUACCUUCACCCAUCCGACCAACUCAACAAACUCGUACUACUCAUCCAGCCAAACUACCUCCCCGUAUCAUCUCACCCACGACACCAGGCGUCAAUCAAUUCACACAGGAUAAAUCGUUGCAUAGGGCGGGAUCAUUCCACAUUCCACCGCCACCCAAAUCAAUCCCCAUGCGUGCUGCCUUUUCCGCCACACCCGUCUCUGGAGCAGGUCCCAGUCGGUCGGUACCACAUCCAAACCGAUCCGAACAGGGGGACUCGCCGGAAGAUGAUAAUAGAAGGGAGCUGGACAGGGAAGAAUUGACUACGAAAGGAAGGAAGAGGAAGAGAUUGGCAAAAGCCUGUAGUGCCUGUCAUAAAAACAAACGAAGAUGCGAUGGGUUCGCCCCUUGCUCUAACUGCGAAUUUUCUUCCCGCCCAUGUCUCUACCUGAACGCACAAGGUCAGGAGAUACCUCCUCCCAGAACUCGCGAUGCGGCAGAUCGUCGAGCGAGCAGAGAUGAUGGACGCCCAAACGGAGGAACGAGGAGAGAGGGAGAUGCGGACUGGGCUAGAGGGUCUAGUGGGUCGACACAGAUGGACGAGAAACGGCAGAGUGUAGAGCGGAGAGUAUUGAGCCCGGUAGAGAUUGUCGAACGUGAUCCUGCCAUCUCUGCUGAGCUCAUCGACAUUUUCCUCCGUCGACUCCAGCCUCACUGCGCCAUGAUACACACUCCCACGUUCCAACACCGUCUUUACCUCGGUCAAGUAUCUCCUCUCCUUCUCGACUCCAUUUACGCUCUUUCCGCCCGUCUUUCCGACAACCCAGUGCUUCUUGCUUCCCUUCCACCCAAGGCCCCCCGGUGGAUACGGGGCGAAGCGUUCGCCGAGCGUGCGCAUGCGGGUGCCACUGCCAUUAUCGACCAUCGUAAAGCAUGGAAUGAAGAAGAAAGACGUUCAGAUAUGGGGACGUACGAAGAAACAGAACUCGUCCAAGCUCUGUACCUCUUAUCGGUUUAUUACUCUUGUAUCCGUCAACCCCAAUUAGGUCUCUAUUACCUCGACGUAGCUAUCGAUAUCUUUCGUCCCACUCAUGCAGCCACUCUACCUCCCCCAGCGACACAACUCGGACUCAGUACGGUGGAAUAUAUGACAUUGAUGGAGAUGCGUCAUCGAACCUUCUGGCUGUUGGUUUUCCAUGAUUUGUUCGCUGCUGCUGUGAGUAGAGAAAGACGUUUGAGGGAACAAGACAUGUACAACGUACCUUUACCUGGAUCGGAUGUACAUUGGGGCAGGUACGGCGGUGGAGCGGCUGGAGGGAGAGAAGCAGGGAGAAGAGAUGGCUUAAUAGUUGGAAGUGGGAAUUGGUUAGGGGAAGAAGGUCAAGUGGGGGAGUUUGGACAUGCAAUCAGAGUGCUGUCAAUCUGGUGUGACAUUAUGAGUGUGACCAAUGCCACCGUAUCGCCGACGUUGGAGAUCAGAACGCAUGCGUUGCGACAGGAGCAAGCUCUGAAGCUGACCCGCGCGCAGGCAUGGGCAAACUCCCUCCCUUCCCAUCUCUCAUUCGAUGAGACCAACAUUGCCGCUGCUGAGAUAGCAUCUCGUUCGUCAGUCCCAGAAGUGUCGCUCAACGGAUGGUGGUUCACUUUCAUGCACUGUCUAGCUGAGUGCGGUAUGUUCUAUUUGCAAGUCGUGGUGGCUCAACAGAUGGGGAACGAGUGGAUGGCUGUGAGACAAGGGCAGGCUGUUCAGAAUAUCGCCAUCUUGAUGGACAGGGCUGGUGAAAGGGGCAGGGAGAGUUGUGCGAUGCUCUUCCCCCUACUCGUCCUCUCCAAUUGGCAAGACCAUAUCCAUCUCACAAAUCCCUCCCUCUCAUCUGCACACGCCAAAGUCGACCAACAUCUCAAUAUCUGGUGGACUGAAGUCGCUGAAAAUUGGGGGUUCGAUCGCACGACCGCUGUCCAAAAUGGGUUCUAUCCCGAACUCCCUCCAACGCGUUCACAGAGACAACGACCCCCACCUAUCCUCACUUUGCCUCAUCCUCAUCCUCAUCCACAAGCGCCUCUUCCCAUCAGAGCCCGUGCACCCGGAAACAUGCUUAACCUUUCUGCACCUAUCCUCCCUCCAUUACCUGCUCGAACACCUUCGAGAGCGUUCGAUCCAAUGACCCCUACGAUGGGAUUCGACCCGAUACGUACUCCCAUUCUUUCUUAUGAUCCUUCAAGAACACCCGUCAUGUCAUACGACCCAACUAAAACCCCUGGAAUGGCAUUUGAAUCCUCUCGAACACCCAAUAUAACUUACGAACCCACUAAGACGCCUUCGAUAGGAUUUGAUCCGAUCAGAACUCCUUCUAUACCUCACGAGAAAGAAUCCGUCAGAACCCCUUCGAGGACAGAAGUGAAUGCUCCAGCUUUAGGAUUGAGGUUGUACAAUGCUACUUCGCCGUUGGUGCCGGAAAGCGUGAUAUCGAGUACGAGCUCAUUAACUUCUAGGAUUGAAGUGGGCCCUCCGGGAUUAUCACCAUUGUCAGGUGUCCGAAGAGGUGGUCUCAUUAAUGCCAUAAGAUCGCCUUCGCCGUCCACCAAAAUCGAUUCGGAGUCAAGGAUGGACAUGAGACGUACGUCGGUCACUAGUCCAGAGAAAUCUCGACGACAUUCGGAUAGAGUGGAGAGGGAUAAUUCAGUCAGACGUGGAUCAGAAACGAGGUACGAAGUCGAUAUGAGAACUGAGUUCCGACGGGAAGAGAGAAUGAGGUCGAAUAGUAGAGAAGAUCACGAGUCAACUUCAAAGGGAAGGAAAGAGACGAUAGAAUGGGAUAGACGAUUAAGUGAGAUUAGAGAUACUUCUGUAUCACCUUGGAAGAGGGAUGAUGAAAACGGGAUUGUCUUACCGCCCCUCUCGGCGGAUUUGAAAUAUCCUCAUGGUCUUUCUGAUAGGAUGACAUCGGGUUUAAGUCUGGGAAUGGGAAUGAGGAGAGAAUCAGCAGGGGAUAGGGAAAGAAGAGAGAUAGAAAUGGAGAGGGAGAUGAGAGAAAGAAGAGGAUCAAUGAGAGAAUCGGCGAUACGUGAUGCGAAGGAAGAAGUGAGAAGGGAAAAACAAAGAGAUUGGGGAUCGUUAGGUAUCGAAGCUUUAGUUUCUGCUGCGGAAGUUAGAGAAAGGGAGAGAGUGUAG